AUGGAUGUGGCCGCGUGGAUGAGCUCACUGCCGGUGAUCGGAACUCGGAUCGACGGUGAAGGUCGACUUGUAUCGGCGACGUCGUGGCUCAGAGUUUCAAGGAAGACUACGGGGUUGUUUGUGUGGCCGUGUAGUAUUGUUCUUGCUGAGUAUGUUUGGCAACAAAGAUUACCCUUUUCCCGGGUUAGGGUUAGCGUAGUUGAGCUUGGAGCCGGGACUUCAUUACCGAGGUUAGUUGCCGCGAAAUUGAGCUCAGAUGUCACCCUAACCGAUGACGCAAACAGACCGGAGGUGCUGGCUAACAUGAGAAGAGUGUCGGAUCUAAACAAUCUCAAUUGUAAUGUAAUGGGACUGACAUGGAGCGUAUGGGAUGAUGAUGUCUUCAGUAUACAUCAUAUAAUCAUCCUUGGUGCUGAUGUUUUGUAUGACACAAGUGCCUUUGAUGAUCUCUUUCCCACUGUGGCAUUUCUGCUCCAAAAUUCUCCAGGAUCAGUUUUCAUGACAACCUAUCACAAUAGAAGCGGGCACCAUCUAAUUGAGUACUUGAUAGUGAAGUGGGGGUUGAAGUGCAUGAAACUUCUUGAUGACUUCUCGUUUAUGCCAUCCACCAAAGCAUCUGGUCUAAGCGGCAUUAUUCAAUUGGCAGAAAUUGUUUUGAAUAGUUAACCCUUGAGGUAACUUGCACAGAAAAUUAGUACUUUGAAUUCGAGUGGUGACACAGCCUCUCUGAUUGCAAUCAACUAGUUCAAUUCACUUUAGAAGCUUUGCA